AUGAAAGACGCUGCCCGCCGCUACGCCGGGAUCCCCUACGCGCUUCCGCCAACGGGCGAGCACCGUUGGCGCAGGUCGCGUCCAUUACCACAAUCAUACACCUACGUCGGCAGCACCCCAGAUUCAGCAUUCGACGCGACGAGAUUCAAGCCCGUCUGCCCGCAGAAGGCGUACCACGUCGGCGGCAGCACCGAAGGCGGAGAUGGCGCGUAUAGCGAAGACUGUCUAUUUGUAAACAUCUGGACGCCGGUCCCGGACCCACAGAACUCAGAGAAGAAAAAGAAAUUGCCUGUCAUGCUCUGGCUGCACGGCGGGUGGUUCCAGAUGGGCGAUCCGAACCAGGAAGCGGGUAUGGAUCCGACGGAGCUGAUCUCUACCGGAAAGCUGAAUGCGAUCGUGGUUGCGAUCGGGUAUAGACUGAACGUCUUUGGGUUCCUGGCUGGACCGGAUAUUCUGGCUGAGAGCGAAAGAGGCGAGCAUGGGCAGUCCGGCGGGAACUUUGGGCUCUGGGACCAGCGGCUGGCGGCGGAGUGGGUGUAUGAGAAUAUCGAGCUUUUCGGAGGGGAUCGCGAGAAUAUCACGCUUGCUGGACGGAGCGCAGGGGCUUACAGCGUUGAGGCACAGAUGUUAUAUGAGUUUCGACAUUGCGCAUCUCUAGACAGCCCUCGGUUGUAUAGGCGUUUCUUCAUGGACUCGAAUGCAAUCCCCGCACAGCCCAAGUCUCUCUCCGACACGAAAGAGCAAUUCAACGAGCUCUGUUUACACUUUAACAUUGACCUGCAAGCCUCCAGCGCGGAGAAACUGGCUCGACUCCGCCAGAAAACGGCGCAGGAGCUCGUAGCUGCCAUCCCCAACCUGAAGAACCACACCUUUCGCCCUGUAACAGACGACCACUUCAUUCACCAGGGAAUGGCCGAGUACCUAGAAAGCAGAGAGUUCGCAUCGGCGUUUAAGGCAAGCAAGGCUCGGCUGCCGAUUGCCGAAGUCCUGAACGAGGAGACGCUGUACUCGACAUACAACAGCCCCAGUGAGCCCACAGUUGAGGCAUUGCGGAUGUAA